AUGGCAGAGAACAAUUCCCCACAAAACUGCCAGUCCUGUAAACGGGUGGACUCGGCCGAGGAUGAGAUGGUCCAGUGUGACAAAUGCGAGCGCUGGGAACAUUUUGGAUGUGCAGGUGUGGAUGCUCAAAUCCGGCUGCCGGAUGCUGCAUACGUAUGCAAGCAAUGUUUGAAGCAAGUGAAGGAAGUGAAAUCGGGUAAGGGCCAACUGAAAGUGCCGGUCGACGAGACACGAGCGCCCAAAGGAUCUAAGGCAGGUUCAAAGGCCGGGUCUAGGAAUAGCAAGAAGAACCCUGGCCCGCCCGGAAGCGUAUCUUCCAGCGUGCGGGCUGCAGCAUUGAGGGAACAAUUAAAACUCCUCGAAGAAGAGCAAAAACUACAAGAAGAAUCUUUAUUGGAAGAUGAAGCCUUUAGGCAGCGGAUGUUACAAGAAGAAGAACGUCAGUUAGAGGAAGCCAAACGCCUUCGCGAGCGCAAACUGAAGGAGGAAAUGGAGCUAAGGCGUAAACAGCAGCAAAUUAGAAAAGAAUCGCUAGAGAAGCGACAGGUGGUUAUUCGGCAGCUGGCAGAAGCAAGUAAUGGAGGCUCUGUUAUUAAUUCCGAGCAUCGAAUGGAAGAAGCAAACAAUGGAGGUCAUUCGGUUGUGAAUUCCAAGCAAAAGGUCGAAAAUUGGCUACACAGACAGGAAACUGGAAGAUCAGAUGGAAAUCAGCAGAACCUUGGUGUUAACCCGAUUCCCGAAGACCCAGUGGAUCCCGUAUUGGGAAAGGACCUGCCCGUAUUUAGCGGCAAUCCAGAAGACUGGCCUAUCUUCAUAAGUAAUUUUGAGCAGUCUACAGCGACCUGCGGUUAUUCGGAUGCGGAAAAUUUAGUGCGGCUUCAACGGUGCUUGAAAGGAAACGCCCUGGAGUCGGUGAAAAGCCGAUUGCUUUUGCCAGGUAGUGUACCGAACGUCAUUCAGACUCUGCGUAUCCUCUUUGGACGACCGGAGCUCCUCAUCAGAUCGCUGUUGAACAAAAUCAACCAAAUUCCGCCGCCGAGGCAGGAUCGACUAGAAACGGUUAUACACUUCGAUCUUGCUGUGCAGAACCUCGUGGAUCAUCUCAAGGCAGCUCAGCAAUCUAAUCACCUUACGAACCCUGUACUGUUGCAGGAACUGGUAGAAAAGCUACCCGGCUCGUUGCGCCUUGAUUGGGCAGUUUAUAAAAAUCAUCAUGAAAUUGCAACUCUUGACACCUUUGGUGAGUUUAUGUCGGGACUGGUGACAUCAGCAAGCGAAGUUUCCUUUAGCGUUCCGGGUUAUAGUGUACCAAAGUUUACCAUGCCAAAUGAAAAUAGGAACAGCAAACCCCGAGGAAAUACGGUAAUCGUUCAAGCCCAUUGUGCGGAUGAAAAGCCAGCACAGACGCUUAGUAACAAAAGCAGUGUUAGGACAGGCAAGCCGUGCCUAUCGUGUGGGCGAGUAGGUCAUCGAGUGGCAGAUUGCCAGCAGUUCAACAUCGCGAGCGUGGAUGAACGCUGGAAGCUGGUACAGCAAAAAGGACUCUGCAGAACGUGUCUCAAUAGUCAUGGCAAAUGGCCGUGUAGAUCCUGGCAUGGUUGUGGUGUCGAUGAAUGCCGACAGAAGCACCAUACUCUUUUGCAUUCCUCCCCUUCUUCUGAUCGAAUAAACGUAUCAUCUAGCCAUGUAACCUCUGGAGAUUUACAGUGGCCACUUUUCCGCAUACUCCCUGUUAUUUUAUAUGGCAACAAUACCUCUGAAAUAAUUUACGCCUUUAUUGACGAGGGGUCAUCCUAUACUCUCCUGGAUGAAUCUAUUGCAAGACGGCUUGGUGCUAAUGGGAAAUCGGAACCGCUAACACUGAAGUGGACUGCAAAUGUAACACGGGUCGAGCCAAAGUCACAACGUGUGCAAAUCGACAUUUCUGGUAAAAGCAAUAGUUCACGAUACUCUCUCUUCAACGCUAGGACAGUUAGUCGUCUGGUUCUGCCGACUCAAAGCUUAAAGUAUCACGAUCUAGCGAAUCGUUUUCCCCAUCUGCGCGGCCUCCCACUCGACGACUAUGAUACGAUUGAACCCAAAUUACUUAUCGGUCUGGACAAUUUGAGGUUGUGCGUCCCCCUAAAAUUACGCGAAGGAGGACAAACACAUCCGGUUGCUGCAAAAUGUCGCCUAGGAUGGAGCGUUUAUGGAUAUGUUCCAAACAAAUCAUCCCAAUCAGCGCUUCUUGGGUUUCACAUGGGAACUGUUUCCGACCGGGAUCACGAACUAAACGAGCAGCUUCGUGAUUAUUUCACCCUCGAAGAUGCAGGAGUUACUGAUUCGUGUCUGAUCGUGGAGUCAGCCGACGAGAAACGUGCCAUACAACUGCUGCAAGAAACAACUCGGCGCAGGCCUACCGGACCGAACUACGAAACGGGGCUGCUGUGGAACACGGACAGCCCGAAUUUUCCCGACAGCUACCCAAUGGCCGUCCGACGUUUGGAGGCAUUGGAACGUCGACUUCAACGAGAGCCAGACCUUCUAGAACGUGUGCGUGAACAAAUCGUGGACUACGAAAAGAAAGGAUACGCCCACCAAGCGAGUUUGACCGAAUUGACCUCGGUUGAACCCAGUCGCAUAUGGUAUCUUCCUCUAGGUGUUAUAACAAAUCCCAGGAAGCCUGGCAAGGUUCGUCUGAUCUGGGACGCAGCAGCAAAAAUAGGCGAUGUUUCCUUCAACUCUCGGCUUUUAAAGGGGCCCGAUCUAUUGACCCCUCUUCCGAUGGUAUUAUGCCAGUUUCGCCAGCACCCAGUUGCGGUGACGGGUGACAUCAUGGAAAUGUUCCAUCAACUUAAAAUACGCUUCCCAGAUUGCCAGUCGCAGCGCUUCGUAUUUCGACAUCGCACUACAGAUCUUCCUCAGAUCUAUAUAAUGGACGUCGCCACUUUCGGGUCAUCCUGUUCCCCAGCAUCAGCGCAAUAUGUGAAAAACAUUAACGCAGAUGAGUUCGCCAGCGAUUAUCCACGAGCCGCAGCAGCAAUAAAAAACAAACACUACGUGGACGAUUAUUUGGACAGCUUCGAGACUGUCGAAGAGGCUAUUGCAGUAGUUAACGAGGUCAGGCUGGUGCACUCGAAAGGAGGCUUCACUCUCCGGCGCUUCCUGUCUAACAAGUCAGACGUUCUGCAAAGAAUAGGCGAAGUGGCUGAGGAAAAUGCAAAAAACUUGCACCUUGUACGGGACGGUAAGCCCGAGUCAGUGUUGGGGAUGAGGUGGAUUCCCAAAGAAGAUGUAUUCAUCUAUUCCUUUAGUACACGAGAUGAUCUUCAAUACAUUUUGGAUCGCGACCAUAUUCCUACCAAACGCGAAGUAGCUAAAGUGGUGAUGAGUCUUUUCGACCCACUGGGUCUCAUCGCUUUCUUUCUUAUUCACGGCAAAAUCCUUAUCCAGGAGCUGUGGGCCGCGGGAAUAGGAUGGGACCAGCAAAUUCCGCAAGAUCUCAAUGAGCGCUGGCAGCACUGGGUGAAAUUACUGCAACAGCUCGACCUGCUGCGCAUACCGCGCUGUUAUUUUCGUUCGUCGACGAAACGUUCCAAUCUGCAACUUCACCUUUUCGUCGACUCAAGCGAAAGCGCGUACGCUUGUGCGGUAUACUUCCGUUUGGAAUCCGAGUGUGGUGCAGAGGUAGCGCUUGGAGCAGCUAAAACCAAGGUAGCUCCGCUCAAGACACUAUCAAUACCUCGACUCGAGCUCAGAGCAGCGGUCCUGGGCGUCCGCCUAAUGGAAACUAUCCAGAAACAUCACACCUUUACAGUCAGUCAACGCUACUGCUGGAGCGACGCGAGUACGGUACUCGCAUGGAUUCGCUCUACUGACCAUCGGCGCUACCAUAAAUACAUCGCAGUUCGAGUUGGGGAGAUCCUAUCUUCGACACACCAAUCGGAGUGGCGGUGGGUACCAAGUAAGCAGAAUGUGGCCGAUCUAGCCACCAAGUGGAAUAAAUUACCACAUGUGACAGCAGAAAAUCCCUGGUUCCGAGGACCAGCAUUCCUGUACGAACCUGAAGAGCGGUGGCCUAAGCAGCGAAUAGUUGUUCCGACUGAGGAAGAGCUUCGUCCUACCCACUUUCUCGCAGUACAUUUAGCGCCGAAUAUGGUAUUCGAAAGGUUCAAUCGCUGGACUAAAAUGCAUCGCGUGGCCGCAUAUGUUUUUCGUGGCAUUGAUAAUUUUCGUCGGCGUUUAAUGAAACAGGAUUUGCAACUCGGUAAUCUCACCAGCGACGAGCUCCGGCGAGCCGAAGAGGCGCUAAUCAAAACAGCUCAAAAUGAAUUUUAUGCAGAGGAAAUCGCUAUACUUAUCAAGUCGCAAGGAUCACCUGAAAAUCGCCACGCCACCGUGGACAAAUGCAGCUCAAUCUACACUUUGUGUCCCUUUCUGGACGAGAAGAGCAUUUUGCGUAGUCGUGGUCGAAUCGAUGCUGCACCGUAUGCGUCGAUCGAAGCUAAGUUUCCAGCCAUCCUGCCUAAUCAACACCUAAUCACUUUCCUUAUUGUAGACUGGUAUCAUCGCCGUUUCCGUCACGCCAACCGAGAAACUGUCUUCAACGAAAUUCGCCAACGAUUCCAGAUAUCCGCACUGAGACGACUGUUGGACAAAAUUGAACGCGCGUGUGUCGUCUGUCGUCUAGCGAAGGCAACCCCGAAACCACCAGCGAUGGCUCCACUGCCCGAGAUGCGCUUGACAGCAUUUAUUCAACCCUUCACAUUCACCGGGUUGGAUUACUUCGGGCCAGUGCUCGUGAAAUCAGGUCGAAGCAACGUGAAGCGCUGGGUGGCGCUGUUCACCUGCCUCACGAUUAGAGCAGUGCACCUAGAGGUGGUGCAUUCAUUAAGCACGGAUUCUAGCAUUAUGGCUGUGCAACGUUUCGUGGCACGCAGAGGUCUACCGAGAGAAUUCUGGACAGACAAUGCCACAUGUUUCCAAGGUACUAGCAAUGUGCUUAAGGCACAAAUAGAGGCAAGAAACAAAGCUCUGUCCGGUAAGUUCACGACCUCGCAAACGGCAUGGAAAUUCAUCCCCCCAUCAGCCCCGCACAUGGGAGGUGCGUGGGAGCGACUAGUCCGAUCGGUGAAGGUAGCUAUUGGAGCAGCCCUAAAUGGGCCGCGCAAACCUGACGACGAAACCCUGGAGACCAUUCUUUUGGAAGCCGAGGUCUUGAUCAACUCCAGACCUCUUACAUUUAUUCCGUUGGAGUCUGCCGAUCGAGAGGCAUUAACGCCCAACCAUUUUUUGCUAGGCAAUUCUUCUGGAGAAAAAUUUAUACCCACUGAACAGAUGAACAUUCACUUAACGCUCCGUAAUAGUUGGAAAUUGGCAAGAUAUAUUACUGAUGAUUUCUGGCGCAGGUGGCUUAAAGAGUACCUUCCUGUGAUCACACGGAGAAGCAAGUGGUUCAAGGACGUGAAGGACUUAGCGGUUGGCGACUUAGUGUUGGUGGUUGACGGAAAGGCGAGGAACCAGUGGCUACGUGGAAGAAUCGAACGUAUAAUACCCGGACGAGACGGCAGAGUACGGCAGGCGUUAGUGUGGACUUCAACGGGGAUUCUGCGUAGACCAGCCGUGAAAUUGGCUGUACUGGACGUCGAGACGAAUAGUAAACCAGGAUUCGGUGCUUCACAGGUUUCGGACACUCACCAAGGUUUACGGGUGGGGGUAUGUAACGACGGGACCCCUCAUCGUAGUAACGCUACUGAUAACAGUGCAGAUGUCAAAAGUGAUAACGUCGCCGAGUGA